AAAUUCAUUUCUAUAUUUCAAUAUUUUGCAAAGAGAUAGGAAAAUUACAAAUAAAUACAACAUGAUAAACGCCUUGACUGCCUUCGGCCUGGCCAUUGGCUGGAUGGACAUUGUGGGUGUCCUGUGCUUCGAACUAGUCAUGUUCUAUAUGAUGCGACGUCGACGGUUGGAUGAAAAAGUGGAUGAUAAAGUGGACUUGCCAUCGCUGGAGGAACAGCCAGUAGACCACAAGACACGGAACUCCCUUCCAAACCUGUUGAGCCGGAAGCAAAUGAUGGAGAGCGAAAAUGCUUGGAUAUUCUGGGGCUACUUGUUGAUGCUGAAUAUGUGGAUUGCGGUUUGCCUGCUUAUGAUAGCCGGCAUCACAAUGCAUAAACCAGAACUUAUGACUAUUUAUCUAAUUUGGUGCUUCUGCGGCUUGGUAAUCGAUGUCCUUAUGAUUAUAUGGUGGAUCUUUGAGCUCUUUGUUGGCGAUGCUAUUGUGGCCAUGACCAAUAUCCUCAUCUCCAUACUGACCUUUGCUGUCGAAUUGGCUUUUGUUUUGAUCAUUUAUGCCAUCUACCUGAACUUGUCAUGGUCACCGGAUGCCGAUAAUGAUAAAGUCACAUCAUAUUUUCACUGGUUAUUGCUGGAAUAAUGUUUUAUCCAAUAUUUUGAAUGUCUUGUAAUUUUUAGUAUGCAUUUUCCUAAAGAAAGAACUCAUUAAACUGCAAAUAGCCAGAGGUCA